UCUUAGAGGAUAGAGGCUUAGAGGGACCUCAGGUUAGGUUGGCCACUAGUAUUGCCUCAGAGAGAAUCCUCCAAACAACCAAGAGCUUCUAUUCAUGAACAGUUUUGAUUCCUUCCUUAUUCUAACGCACCUUCAUGUCUGCGGCUCCUUCUCUGGCACUGACCACUCUCUUCCGGUCAAAUCUCCAGGAUUAAUUGAAGGAGCUAAUCAUUUCCACUGGGCUAAUUUGGAGGCCAUUUUAAUAGCUGUUAUAGGCUUAGGCUAGACAACGCAUUGUUGUGCGAGACCUGUGAGGUUGCCUUUUUUUUCUAUUUAUUUAUUUAUUUGUUUGUUAAUUUUUUAUUUGAACCUGCAGACUCCUCAAGAUGAAGGACCGACUGGCGCAGCUGAAGGAGAAGAGUGAUGGUGGAAGCGAUGACAUUGAGGUUCCUGUGGAAAAUGAGGGUUUUAUGGAUGAUUUCUUUACUCAGAUUGAAGAUAUCCGUAUCAGCAUUGACAAGAUAGACGAGAGCGUAACAGAAAUCAAAAAACUCUACUCCACCAUCUUGUCGGCCCCCACAUCUGACCAGAAAACACAAGAUGAUGUUGAAGCACUCACCAAUGAGAUCAAGAAAUCAGCCAAUAACGCAAGAAACAAACUUAAGAGUAUUGAGCGCCAGCUUGAGUCCAACACAGAUGAGAGGACCUCAGCCGACCUCAGGAUACGCAAAUCACAGCAUGCUAUCCUGGCCAAGAAGUUUGUAGAGGUGAUGACAAAAUACAACGAGGCUCAAGUGGACUUCAGAGAUAAGAGCAAAGGACGAAUCGCCCGACAGCUGGAAAUCACGGGGAAAGCAACGACUGACGAGGAACUGGACGAGAUGCUGGAGGGAGGCAACUCAGCUGUCUUUACUGCCGGGAUCAUGGACUCUAAGAUCAACCAGCAGGCCCUGAAUGAGAUCGAGGCUCGUCACAAAGACAUUAUGAGGCUGGAAAGCAGCAUCAAAGAGCUCCAUGACAUGUUUGUUGAUAUCGCCAUGCUGGUUGAGAAUCAGGGUGGCAUGAUUGACAGAAUUGAGAGCAACAUGGAUCAGUCAGUGGGCUUUGUAGAGAGGGCAGUGGCCGACACCAAAAAGGCAGCCAAAUACCAGCAGGAGGCGCGCAGGAAACAAAUGAUGAUCUUCUGCUGCUGUGUGAUUUUGGCCUUGGUACUCGGUUCAUUUGUCUACAGCUUCUUCAAAUAGAAAACCAGAAUGAGGCCACCCUGCAGCUAGGUCCACACAGUACAGGAUGAGGCAGAGCAGAGCUACUCGCCGACGGUCACAAAAUAGAGCCUGGGCUCUGUUUACUGUCAUUUCAACUAAUUCAAGAUAAACAUCAAAGCUGCAAAUAUUUUCAUUUGUUCUCAGUUAUUUCUGAUAACUCAGUUAUUUUAACCUUCUCUGGGUGCCCCACAUUUAAAUUCAGUUUCAAUGCAGUGUCAGGAUAUUUCAAGUUAUAGGCAUGGACGAUCUGGUCUAAGAAGAUUACUUAAUAUUACUCCAAGGCAUUUAGUUUAUUUAAUGUAUCUGCUUCAUACAGAUUAAGAUCAGCAUUCAUGGUCAGCUGCAGAACUUACUGAGAGCCAUAUGAUGUUUGGGUUAAACAAAGCAUUACUUAAAUAAUAUAUUAGAUACACCUUUCAAUGCCUACAUUGCAUUGCAUCCAAUGCCCCGACCACCACAAAAUAACCUCAGAAACACCAUAGUUAAACCAACAGACCAAUAGUCCCAACAAAAACCUGAACAUCAUUGUGUUGAUAAAUAUAAGAUGUAUUGUUGAGCUGUAACUAAUGCAGCUGAAAUCAGAAUACCUUACAAAAUGUAGAAACAAAAUGUCCCAUUUACAAUAAGCAGUCACUUGUAUGAAUUGCCCUCUUAGCCCAAUUUUGGGAAAUAUGUCUUCCUUCUUUGACUCUGACCUCAGAAAAAAUACUGUUGCAGUAGUUAUAUGAAUUUGUAUGGUAUUAAGUGCAGGAAUUUUCAGUAAAUGCUGGUGUAUAUGUAGGACUUUUCAGGAGUAUUGAGUUUAGAUUAGCUAGUGAGUGGCAAAGUAGAAAAAUUACUAGAAAGAGUAGAUAUCUACAUUCAUAUACCCUGAAUAUCUCAGUCUCCCUUAUACUGAAAUGGAUGGAUUCCUUAAAAAGCUAUCAAACCUGAAAGAAUUUCUUGAGUGAGCUUCAAGAGAGUUUUAUUGCCCCAUGGGCUAUUAUCUCAGAUGAUCCAAAUAUUUGAAAGGUAACUUCGUUUUUUUUUAACCUGGGCCCCAUUUUUCUGUUUUUGUGUCUAAGUGACUGAUGUUAGUCAAAUUAGUCCAAUAUUAACCAAGAGAGACAAGCUACAAUGUUAUGUUAUUAGGCAAUUGUGCACCUUUAAUUUACAUCCACAAAAAGUGUGUGUUUUCAAUUACCACUGAUAAUGUUGAAAUAAACGCUUAAUGUGGCUGGGUUAGCUCAGUUGGUAGAGCAGCCCCAAAAAUAUUCUAAAGAAAAAUAAAUAAACCCUUAAUUCACCCAUUUACAUGUGAAAAUACUCUGGGUCUAUACACACUAAAAGUACUGUUUAUUGUAAUUGGGGUCUGGUGAGUUGAGUUGGCGAUUUGAAAAAGGAUUUUACUCUUUAAAAAUGUUUUUAUCUCUGUAGGGAUCCUUUCCAUAAUCUUGUCAGACACCUAUAAUAACAACCUGCGCCUGUCAGUGGCAAAAACAGCCCUUUUCCUGGUUGGAAAUUGACGAUGGGCAUUGCCCAAAAUGAUUACAUUGCAGCCUGGUUCGCGGCUGCUGGUUACAGCUUUCCUGCUGAAUACUGGACCAAUUCCAAAGAUUUCUGUUCACAUUAGUUAUCAGUUAGAAAAUAGGGUCCAGGUUGUAAAAUAAAAUAAAAAACGAAAUUACCCUUUAAAAUGUACUGAAUAGUAGGAUCUGCCUUCACAAAUACAUUGAGACUGUUGUCAUAUCCAAGAAACAACUGAAAAUGAUUUAUUAAUGAGCAAGGAAUGAAUAACAUAAAGUGAAAGUGAACCAACCUCAGACAGAUAUCCCUAUAGCAUGACUGCAUGAUUACCACACUGCCCAUUAUCACGGUGCAUAUCUUUGAAGUCAGUAUCCUAAGUAUUGAGGCAGCAUUGUUGUUAUUCUUUUGUACAUUUCUCUGUUACUUGUGUUUUGAUGUGGAAUCUAUACUACUGUGUCAAUACUUAUGCUAUCGACUGCAUUUAAUGAUACCUGCUGUGACACCAUAGUGGGCCUUUAUUCAAAUCAUUUUUCAAUUUAAUGGAGGAAAGUCACUUUCCAUAAAUAAUUUACAUAUUGAAGUUUUGAUGUUGAACUGAUUAAAAUAUUAUUGAAAUUAGAUGCUGUCUGAUCUAAAAAUAGGAGUAACCGCUAAAGGUGUUAGAUUAGAAAUGGAAAUAAACACAGCCCUGCUUUAUUUUAUUACCUGACACUGCCUUGGGGGGGGUGUUCUGCUACAGGUCUUUGUUGUUUGUGUAUUUACUACAAACAUUGCUUUAAUUUUUAAUAUAUGUAUGUCUGUUUUGCCCCUUCUUUUUUAAAGGACUAUGACUGUAUUUCCAAAGAGCUUGUUCUUGUUUCAUGCCAUGGUUUGACUCUGGUUGGUCUUUGACAUUUGCAUUCUUCCUUUUUGCUCUAGAUCCACAAAUGCAGUUGGCUACACUGCAGGUAUGGGCUGACAUUGACACUGCACUGCAGCCUACUCUUGUAAUGUCAGCCUACUCUUAAACCAUAUUUGGCUCUUUUGCAAUUUGAGACUAGAUUUGAUCACUGGCUCAUGCGUAGAUCAGCAACAGAAAGUGUCACAUUUUAAUGUUGGUUAUUGAAAUAUUGUGUAGAAUUAUUUUUGUGAGCAAUACAAGCAGUGGUGUUUUUUCGUACUCAUCUUAGGUGGCAAGCUACAACUGCAGUACCUGCCAGAAAUACUCUGUGGAUGUCAUACUUUAUGUACCACUUUGUUUACUGUCUCAUGCUGCCAUCAAGUUCACCUUGAAAGAUCCCUCUGAUAUCCAAAGAUUUAACAAGACUUAAAAUUUUAACAAACUGAUGUUAGAUUCUUUUCUUUGGGAAUUGAACAGAAAAAUUCUACUUUGUGCUGUCAAAAUAAAAUGGAUGAAAUGUAUUUCCCAAGAAUAAGAUAACAUAACAUAUGGGUAACCAAUUAUAACCUGGGUUGUUCAUUGCACCUGUAAAUGUGUUUUUGGACUUGAAUGCAGAGUCUCCAGUUGUGGGUGUCCACCUGACAGUGGGAGGACGCCAAUUUCUUUGCCAGAUUUCCAGAAGGCUAGAUGUAAACCUUACAAAAAUACCGUAACAUAAUUACCUUGAUAGUUAGAACUUAUAAUAAUUAAAAAAUAACAUUCCUAUUUGUCAAAAGGAUGAUUCGAGGGGGCAAUAGGAAAUUAGACAAGAGUAAUAGUUAACCAUGUUUCAGUACGCACAUUGGCCAUUCUAUUCACUAUUAUUAUUAGCUUGGGUGACAACCUGUAGUGUGAUUUUGUGUCUUUCCUUUUCCUGCGUACAUUAUUUAAGCCUUGUCUCUGUAGCAAUGUAUUACAAUGUAUUCUAUUGUUGUAUUGUCUUUUGUAGUUUUGCCCACUGUUGACGAUAAUAAAUUGAAACUGUUAUUUA